AACGCGAACAAGCUAAAAGACAUGUGGAUUAUAAGCACCAACCCAAAAUACAUGGACAUUAGUGGAGAACGGCUCCGUGAGAUGCUACGCGAUGGUGGUGAGGUGGAUAGCGUGCUGAUGACAUUGGUGAUGAGAAGGUACCAACAGAUUGAUGUGGUAUUCGCUGCUGCAAAAGGAGAGGGAUGUUGGAGACAUUGGCUGGAGCCAGAUUUUGUGAACCAUGUUAGUAGAGGAGACAACAUUUCAAAGCUGAGGUACAUCAAGGACAUGUUCGUGGGGCCGCAUAUCACUUACGAGGUUCACAAAUGCACCGAGUUUGUGUUGCCAGUUAAAUUUGACUUUAAAUGGUCUACGUACAUAUGGGACUUUCCAAGGUCGAAGAUUUUUGUCCUCGACCCAACAAUGAACAAUGGGGAUGAGUCUGAUAAGGAAAUUCAGCUCAGGCACAGGAAGGUGGCAGACGAACUUCACAAGGCUAUAGAGAUGUGCAUAAAGUCAUUCUUCUCUGGAUGGGAUCCAAACAUGAGGUCGUGGAAUACAUGCUUCCCAAGGGGCCUGGCAACAGGGAUAUGCAAGAAGGAAGACACAGGGAUAUAUGCUACUCACUUUGGAAGGAAUUGGAUGGGAAGUAAACUGAAAAGGGAUAUGAACCCGGGUGAUGGUGUCAUGCAUGCUAGGAUGAACAUGCUUGUUGAUUUGCUUGGUUCAGAAGGUAAUAUUGGUCAUCUUCCUGCGAGGUACAAGGAUUGCCUUAUUCGCAAGAAGGACAAGAACAAGGAUUGACUUGUUCACAAGAAGGGCAAUAUGAACAAGUUCUUUUGCUGGGAGUGGACGGACUAAUUGAAAUGUCAGUGUUUGUUUAGCUUUGGAAGAGGACUGUUAAGACUUCCGAACUAAUUAUGCGGUCAAAAAUAUGAUGUACUCCGAAUUAAUUUGCUAUCAAUUGGUGAACAUGUUAAGUUAUUUUA